AAAAGAAACUGCAAAGAAAACUAUUCAGGAUGGUUCAAACGGGAGAUUAUAUCAUAAUUUUGUUUCGGAUUAAAAAAUAAAUUCUUCAUUCAAAAACAAAAUGUUUUUAAUUAGAAAUGAUAAUUCGCAUAAUUAAACAAGAAUGAGAUUAAAAGAAAACUAAUAACGUGUAAAAUCGUGUAUCGAACGGAUUUUAAUGACUAUAGUUAUAAUUAUUGUUAAUCAACAGCAAUCGUUUAAACGUUUGCGAUGGAAAGUAAAAGCUGCAAUAAUUUCAUAAGUUAUGUUGGUCUGGAGGAACACGAGAUGCAGCCACUAAGUUCUAGUCGACGUAAUUCGUUAUCCGAGAAUAAUAUUAAAUUGUUACCUGGUGAAAUCUUCAUCACCAAAGCAGAAAAUGUUCUUAUGUUUUCACCUGUUAGUGAUUUAAAUCAAGGAACAUCUGGCAUUCUAUCUGUUACAAAUUUUAAACUCACUUUUGUUACAACUGAUGACACAAAUGGAGAAGAUGUAGCUCGUCAACAGAAUCAUCUUUAUGGAUAUAUGGACACAUGUUUAACAAAUAUAGAAGAUAUUUAUGUAACUAUAGGAGAUAAGAAAAGAAAAUUAACACCUGGAAAUAUUGUACCAUCUAAAAUAAAAGGAAUAUUUAUUAUUUGUAAAAAUUUACGAACAUGGUCUUUUUCUUUUAAAUUUUCACCUAUUGGAGAUGGAAAGAAUCUUCUACAAGCAUUAUUACAUCAUGCUUUUCCUAGCAGACACCAAUUACUUUUUGCUUAUGAUUAUCAAAAAGUAUAUUAUAGUAGUCUAGAUAAAGCUGUUCGUUUAUUCCGAGAUAUCUCAGAUUGGUGCAAUGAAUUGGAACGUAUCAUAUGUAAUGAAAAAUUCAGAAAAUUCUGGAGAUUAUCUACUGUUAAUAAAGAUUUUAAACUUUGUCGUAGUUUAUCUCGAUAUAUAAUUAUACCAGCUUCAAUUACUGAUAAUCAGUUAAUGGAUGCAGCUAAGCGCUUUCAAGGCAACCGUCCACCAAUUUGGUCUUGGUCAAAUGCGCGUGGUGCAGCAUUAGUAAAAAUGUCCGAACUUUCACCGUUAGUUACCAGUAGAAUACAAGAAAAUAUUAUGUUUGAAAAUGUUCGUAAAAGUCAUCCUCGCAAAAUGCCGCCAAUUGUUUUAGAAUUAAAUAAAGGCAUUAGUGUAAAGUUAAUAGCUGUAGCAUUCUCAAAAUUUGCCUGUUUAUGUUCACCAGAAAAUAUUCGGCAGUUUUGGUUACAAGAUAAUAAUUUUUAUUCAUUAGUAGAAAAUACAAAAUGGUUAAAGUAUGUAUCAUAUUGUUUGCAAAAAGCUGUUGAAGCCUGUGAACAUCUUCAUUUAGGAUAUUCUGUUAUAUUACAAGAAGGUGCUGGUACAGAUCUUUGUUGCAUUAUAUCGAGUUUAGUUCAAUUAUUACUUGAUCCUUAUUUUCGAACUAUAAAUGGAUUCCAGUCUCUUUUACAAAAGGAAUGGGUUGCUAGUGGCCAUCCAUUCUGUGAUAGAUUAGGUCAUAUUUCUAAGAGGACUUCAGAGAAGUCUCCAUUGCUUCUUUUAUAUCUUGACUGUAUUUGGCAAUUGAGUCAACAAUUUCCCGGGGAAUUUGAAUUUACGGAGACGUAUCUGACUACUCUGUGGGAUGCUGCCCAUGUUUCUGUUUUUGAUACAUUCAUUUUUAAUUGCGAAAAAGAUCGAGUUGCGGCAGCUACGGAUCCAGAAAAGCCACUUGUUCUUCGAAGCGUAUGGGAUUGGAAGAAACAGUUUAGUGAUCAAGAUAUUUUAUUAUUUUAUAAUCCCUUUUAUAAUCCCCGUGAAACAGAUUCUAAGGAAAAAUUUGUGAUAAAACCUUUGUAUAAUAUUGCAAAUCUAGAACUAUGGACUCAGUGUUAUUUUCGAUGGAUACCAACAUUAGAGAUUCAUAAUGGCGGAGAGAAUCAUAUUGAACUUUAUGCAAGAUUACUACAGAACAAUGUAAAUCAAUUGAAAAUGAAUAUAAACGACAAUUGUGGCUCACCUACUGGUAAAUCAAAUAGUUAUUCCGUUCAUAUGAAUAUUGAUAGUUUUUAUCCAUUUUCAAACAAAAAGUCAGGAAAUAUAGUAAGCACGCCAAUCAUGAAUAAUUCCAUUCUUGCAACAAAAAGCUUAUUAGAAGCGCAGUCUUUAAUCACUGCAACUGACUGAUAUACAUAUUUCAUUAAUAUUUUUUUAAAAUUUAUUAAAAAGAAUAAAAAACAUUAUAAUAAUUAUACGAAAACAACCAGAAAUAUCAGAAAAAAAUUCUUUUAAUCCUUUUAGUGCCAAGUUUAUAUAGUGUUUGUAUAAAAAAAAAUUGUAAAUAUGUUUUAAGUGAUAAAUCAUUAUAUUCUUUGUUUUUGAUUUAUAUUAUAAAUUUAA